AUGUCUUUGAAUACCAUACUGAGAAAGUUCAUACAAUUAAGACUUUCAUUAUCAUUUAGAGAUUUACUUCCCUCACCCAUAAUUGAACACGAGGCCCCAAUAGUUCCAACUAUAUCAGCAACAAUUCCAACUGAGAUCCCUCCAACUGAGCCUGCUGAAGAUGCUGAAACUCAUUUGAGGUCAGUUCCAACCACAAGGGUAUCCCAGCUAAGAAGGUUUCUCGACUUUGUGAGCCGUCGAGGUCGUCGAAGACGUGCAUCAACACAACAGCAGCAAGAAUCAACUCAGCAAGAACAACAACAUCAACAGAUAGCAUUCUCAAAUAGCUUAGGGCAUGAGUCUGCAACUGUGUUGGCUUUUAGUUUAUCAUCAGAAUCCGUUAAUAGAGAUACCAAUUUGAGAAACCCAGAAUUGUUCAAUUUUGGAACCACCGUGGAACCUAUUCAAAUAAGAAGAGAUGAAAGUUCCUAUCACAUCAUACCUCUUAGCCCAACUAGACCAAAUACCAGACUACCUUUCAAUGUGAUGGAAGAUAGUCCACUUAGUACUUUGAGUGAUCCUGAAGAAAUUGCACAGCUUCCCCCUUCGCGGAUACCUCCAAUUGAAUUUAUUGCUCAAUCUGGUUCUGAGUUAGGUGGUUCGGGUCUUAGAGACUCGCCAAAUAAUUAUAUCCUACUUACAGAUACCCAAGCAAGUGAGCAAGAGCGAGCAACUUCUGGUCAUAUGAGGGAUGGAUCUAGUGGCAGAAUGUCCUCUUCACAAUCGAGUGUUCUGACUCCAGAUAUUCAACCUAGUCUUUUUGAAAACUUUAGUAUUGAUAACAGUUCAGUCAGAAGUAUGACAGGAGUUAGUGGAGAGUGGGAUCACCCUCAAUUGUUACGUACAUCACCACCUCCUAGGUCGAGGCAUAGAAGGCUUUCAUUGUCUAGUUCAUUUUUCAGUUUCAGAAGACGUCGUGAUAUCCUGUCAGGUACUAGACUAUCAACUUUAAGCGAGGGAGAAGAUGAAUCAUCAAGUCCAGUUCCAACGCAUCAACCAGAUGAGAACACGCUGAACGAAUUUACAAAAACCCAAAGAUUCAACCUCAUAAGGCAUUCUCUUGGGCGUUCUCGUGACUUAUAUAAGAUGUUAGAUAUUCAUCAUUAUUCAAGACAUUCAAACACAGGUACUCCAAUGACUCCAUCUCCAGUGAAAGCAGAAUCUCAAGCGCACAAUACACCAACAGAUGAAGAGAUUUUAAAUAAAGAUUUGAACUUUGACUCAAACAUUCCUAUACGCCCGCUUGCUGCCUCGGAUUUAGAUUUGUCAAAUAUAUAA